UCUCUUUCACUCACUGUGUCGACAAAACAAAUCGACCAAGUGACAGCCGCUGUCAUUGUCGACAUUCAGUUAACUAUCCAACACCCAGUGCAUUCGAGAGAGACAGCCGAGAGAAACAAAACAAUAUUUUUAACACUUUUUCCAAAAUAAAAUUCAACGAGCCGAUAAAAGCAAAAUGGCGGCAACCCGUGAACGUCGAACGAAUGCUGGAAAUCGGAUAAGUAAUUUACUGAAUGAAGAGGAGGAAGAGGAAAUUUACAAAACAUUGUACGGUGGCUUUCACGAGACUGAAGAUGACAACGAUUACAUAGAACUUAAGCAGCAGGACGAUGAUGAUGACUCAGUCGAUUCGGAUUUUUCAAUCGACGAAAAUGACGAAUUGAUUUCGGAUACGGAAGAAGUGCCGGAGCGACGAGCAAAACAAUCAUCGCUAAAGGUGUACAAAGAUCUGAAAGCACCGAAAAAAGGGCAGGUUGGUCGUCCAAGAUUGCAACCGGCUGCAUCGACGGCGGUAAAAGCAAAUAAAAAACCAGCUGCCACAAAACGACUCAAAUCAAAACGUAUGCACCGGUCGUCGUUCACCGUUUUGGAUUCCGGUAAAAUUUCCUUGAGACAUUCAACUGCUUUAAAAUCAGCCGCCACACAGCACAGGGUCAAAGAGCGUAAAGAAGCGAUGCGAAAACGUGUAAAAUCAUAUCGCAUCGUUGAUGUAAUGCCAACGCAGAAAGAAUUACUAGCCGAAGCCGAAACAACAGCAAAAGAAAAUCUAGAGUCACUUGAACGAUUUAAGAAAAUGGAAAUCGAAAAGAAAAAAGUGCGACCAACGAAACGUAUUAAUCCCGGUCCAAUAAUACGAUAUCAUUCCUUGAGUAUGCCGGCUAUUGAAGCCGCCAAGUCGGCAUUAGCACAGCAAAAGAAACGUAACUCAAGCAGCAUAACCAAUAUGAAUGGUAUGGAUAUUGAUAUGGAAAUUGAACCGACCACCACUAAAAAUGACAGCAGCAAAUCAUCAAAUAAUGAAUUCCUAACAUCGGACAAACGUGUCGAACGAACAUUUGUUACAUUUGAAAAUGAUCUGAACGAUGAAUUUUUCAAAAAGAUUUUCAAUAAGCCGAGUGCAAAGCGAAAAACCGAUUUGAUUUGUCCGCUCACCAAACUUCCAGCCAAAUAUAUUGAUCCACUCACAAAGCUUCCAUAUCGAAAUGUACAAGCACUGAAAAUCAUCCGAGAGGCCUAUUAUCAAUUGGUCGAAACAUCAAAUGUGCCUGGCAGCGACGAAUGGAUCCAAUGGAGACGAAAAAUCAAGGACGCAGCCAAUACAAAGACCGAAUAAAUGCAGCCCAACUCAAAACACUUUUUUCGUUUAAAAUCGCGUUCACUUUUUUUCUUUCUUCUUUAUAAGAACCAAUCUUUUGUUCAUCUUUCAUCAAAAUCAUCGUGUAUACUUAAUAAAAAAAAGAACAAAAAAUUCAA